CGGAGAAUAAAAACAUAUGACUGUACCAGACGCAAGAAAAGACCUCCUCGUGGUCAAUAUGGGUCCUCACCACCCGUCAAUGCAUGGUGUUCUUCGACUCAUUGUUACUCUAGAUGGCGAAGAUGUUAUCGACUGUGAACCCAUAUUGGGUUAUUUACACAGAGGAAUGGAAAAAAUUGCGGAAAACCGAACAAUUAUACAAUAUCUACCUUAUGUAACACGUUGGGAUUAUUUAGCUACUAUGUUCACGGAGGCAAUAACCGUUAAUGCACCUGAGGAAUUGGGAAAUAUUCAAGUACCUAAAAGAGCCAGCUAUAUUAGGGUAAUUAUGCUGGAGUUGAGUCGUAUAGCUUCGCAUUUGUUAUGGCUUGGACCUUUUAUGGCCGAUAUCGGUGCGCAGACUCCUUUCUUCUAUAUUUUCAGAGAGAGGGAAUUGUUAUAUGAUCUAUUCGAAGCUGCCACAGGUAUGCGAAUGAUGCAUAAUUAUUUCCGUAUCGGGGGGGUAGCUGCUGAUUUACCUCAUGGCUGGAUAGAUAAAUGUUUAGAUUUCUGCGAUUAUUUUUUAACGGGAGUUGUUGAAUAUCAAAAGCUUAUUACGCGCAAUCCCAUCUUUUUGGAACGAGUUGAAGGGGUAGGUUUUAUUGGGGGAGAGGAAGCCAUAAAUUGGGGUUUAUCAGGACCAAUGCUACGAGCUUCCGGAAUCCAAUGGGACCUUCGUAAAGUCGAUCGGUAUGAGUGUUAUGAUGAAUUCGAUUGGGAAGUCCAAUGGCAAAAAGAAGGAGACUCAUUAGCUCGUUAUUUAGUAAGAAUUGGCGAAAUGACGGAAUCCAUCAAAAUUAUUCAACAGGCUCUGGAAGGAAUUCCGGGGGGACCUUAUGAAAAUUUAGAAUUCCGACGCUUUGCUGGAACAAAAGAUUCAGAAUUGAACGACUUUGAAUAUCGAUUCAUUAGUAAAAAGCCUUCUCCCAGUUUUGAAUUGUCAAAACAAGAACUUUAUGUGAGAGUAGAAGCCCCAAAGGGAGAAUUAGGUAUUUUUCUGAUAGGAGAUAAUAGUGUUUUUCCUUGGAGAUGGAAAAUACGUCCACCCGGUUUCAUCAAUUUGCAAAUUCUUCCUCAGCUAGUUAAAAGAAUGAAAUUGGCUGAUAUUAUGACAAUACUAGGUAGUAUAGAUAUCAUUAUGGGAGAAGUUGAUCGUUGAAAUGAUAAUUGAAGAAGCACAAGCUAUCAAUUCUUUUUUCAGAUCGGAAUCCUCAAAAGAGGCCUAUGGGCUCAUAUGGUUACUUGUACCUAUUGUUACUCUUGUAUUGGGAAUCACAAUAGGGGUAUUAGUAAUUGUGUGGCUAGAAAGAAAAAUAUCUGCAGGGAUACAACGACGAAUUGGUCCUGAGUAUGCCGGCCCCCUGGGCAUUCUUCAAGCUCUAGCGGAUGGGGUCAAACUACUUUUCAAAGAAGAUCUUCUUCCAUCUAGAGGAGAUAUUCGUUUAUUUAGUGUCGGCCCAUCCGUAGCGGUCGUAUCAAUUCUACUGAGUUAUUCAGUAAUUCCCUUUGGCCAUCACCUUGUACUAACCGAUCUCAGUAUAGGUGUUUCUCUAUGGAUCGCUAUUUCAAGUAUUGCCCCUAUCGGACUUCUUAUGUCCGGAUAUGGAUCAAAUAAUAAAUAUUCCUUUUCAGGUGGUUUACGAGCUGCUGCUCAAUCUAUAAGUUAUGAAAUACCGUUAACUCCAUGUGUGUUAUCAAUAUCUCUACGUGUGAUUCGUUGGAAUACGCACUCCUACCUCUUUCUUUGCUUUUUCUAGGAAAGAAGUUGGUUGAUUGAAUAUAUAGAUAGAACUCUUUUUUAUUCAUCACUGGGAUCUAUGAACUAAACCAGAUAGUUAUAUGAGUGAAACAAAACUGCUUAUGAAUUCGCAGUAAGAAGAUCGAGUCUCAUUACCUACGUACGAGAGUAAAGUGGAGCUAAACAUAAGCAGCGGAAGCUGUUUACCCCAAGUAUCGAUUAGCCAUCAGGACUUGAAGCGGGCGCAAAAGAUCAACUGUAUGGAAUUUUUACUCUUGUAUUUAUUACCAUACCGAGGAUCCACCAAAACUGAGUGGACGGUUAGGAACACCAAGGUACACAAAAGAUUAGUAAUGGAGAUAAUGUAACGUAUCCAAACGGAUAUUUUGACAUUACAUAAAAGGAGUCAUAAUGAGGGCUUGAAGUUGGUAGAAAUGAUCAAAAAGUACUUCCCCGUGAUCCCGAUCCAGAGUAUAGCUCCUAUCCACUGAUUUAAAAAUAACUAUCAGGAACGAAGUAAUCCUUUAUUUAUAUAGUAUAGUCCUUCUGAGAAAGAAGAGAAGAACAGGAAGGAAAAAUGGAUUGACUAUUUAUUGUAUCUUAUGGAAAGAUCGAGUUAAGUUAUUACUGAACAAGAAACUCAGCAAAAAGAAUAAAGGAUGAGAUGGAUUCAGAAGUGUACUUUUUAUUUGUUAUUAUCUUAUCGCGGACAGAAUCCCACUGGUCUAGUUCACUUAUGAGCAUUUUGAUUCAUCUUUCUUUUUUCCUAUGGUAUGCCGAUGUAAUACCGAAGCAUACCUUAGAUUUAUUCGUGACCAUUGAGGAGCCGUAUGAAGCUGAGGUCUCAUGUACGGUUCUGGAAUAGAGAUGGGAACAGUGAUGUUAUCAUCGACUAUGAUUAUCUAACAGUUCAAGUACGGUUGAUAUAGUUGAGGCGCAGUCAAAAUAUGGUUUUUGGGGGUGGAAUCUUUGGCGUCAACCUAUAGGGUUCAUAGUUUUUAUAAUUUCUUCACUAGCAGAAUGCGAGAGAUUGCCCUUUGAUUUACCGGAAGCCGAGGAGGAAUUAGUAGCAGGUUAUCAAACUGAAUAUUCAGGUAUCAAAUUUGGUUUAUUUUAUGUUGCUUCUUACCUCAAUUUACUAGUUUCUUCAUUAUUCGUAACAGUUCUGUACUUGGGAGGGUGGAAUCUUCCUAUUCCAUAUAUACCAAUUACUGAACUUUUCGAAAUAAAUAAAACUAGUGAAGUCUUUGGAACAACAAUUAGUCUCCUCAUUACAUUAGCUAAAGCUUAUUUGUUCCUGUUCAUUCCUAUCUCAACAAGAUGGACUUUACCUAGGCUGAGAAUGGAUCAACUAUUAAAUCUUGGGUGGAAAUCUCUUUUACCUAUUGCUCUCGGUAAUCUAUUAUUGACAACUUCUUCCCAACUUGUUUCGCUAUAACAGAAUAGGAUAUUCCAGAUUCUUAUCCUCUCUCAAGCAAGAGAAAGAAACAUCAAAUUAUUCAUGGAUAUUCACGAUAUAUGUUUCCUAUGGUGACUGGGUUCAUGAAUUAUGGUCAACAGACAGUACGAGCUGCAAGAUACAUUGGUCAAAGUUUCAUGAUUACCUUAUCUCACGCAAAUCGUUUACCUGUAACUAUUCAAUAUCCUUAUGAAAAAUCGAUCACAUCAGAGCGUUUCCGUGGGCGAAUCCACUUUGAAUUUGAUAAAUGCAUUGCUUGUGAAGUAUGUGUUCGCGUAUGUCCGAUAGAUCUACCUGUUGUUGAUUGGCGAUUAGAAACAGAUAUUAGAAAGAAACGAUUGCUUAAUUAUAGUAUUGAUUUCGGAAUCUGUAUAUUUUGUGGUAAUUGCGUGGAGUAUUGCCCCACAAACUGUUUAUCAAUGACUGAAGAAUAUGAACUUUCCACCUACGAUCGUCACGAAUUAAAUUAUAAUCAAAUUGCUUUGGGUCGGUUACCAAUGUCUGUAAUUGGAGAUUACACAGUUCGAACAAUUAUGAACUCAACUCCAAUAAAAAUAUCUAUGGAGAAACCCCUUGAUUCAAGAACGAUUACCAAUUAAAUUAAAAAUAAGACUAAGUUUUGAUCAAAAGUAGGUAAGUUUCUUUCAUGUCAGACAAAGAAUAACUAGAUUUGUGAGGAUUAUAACUACUUUUUGAAUAUAUAAAUAUAUAUAGCCAUUAUAGCCAUAGCCCUUAUUUGUUUAAUUAAAAAUAUGAAAUUACGAACUCUGUUUCGACUAAAGACAAAAGCAAGAUUGGCCCGUUCAAUUGAUUAACUCAAUCUACAUAAACCCACACCACGCUGGGGUAAGAACUAUUAGAUAUAAAAAAGGGUAACCCACUUUUUCCCGACCAGUAAGAUCAUGAGAUAUUUUGACUUAUUUAUCGCUUAUUUAACACAUAAUGGAUUUACCUGCGCCAAUACAUGAUAUUCUUUUAGUAUCUCUGGGAUCAGGUCUUAUAGUAGGAGGUCUAGGAGUGGUAUUACUUACCAAUCCAAUUUAUUCUGCCUUUUCCUUGGGAUUGGUUCUUGUUUGUAUAUCUUUAUUUUAUAUUCCAUCGAACUCUUAUUUUGUAGCUGCUGCGCAGCUACUUAUUUACGUGGGAGCCAUAAAUGUCUUAAUCUUAUUUGCUGUGAUGUUUAUGAAUGGUUCAGAAUAUUACAAUUCUUUUCAUUUUUGGACUGUCGGAGAUGGAUUCACUUCGCUAGUUUGUACAAGUAUUUUUUUUUCACUAAUUGCUACUAUCCCAAACACGUCAUGGUACGGGAUUAUUUGGACUACAAGAUCAAACCAGAUCAUAGAACAGGACCUGACAAGUAAUGUUCAACAGAUUGGGAUUCAUUUAUCAACAGAUUUUUAUCUUCCAUUUGAACUGAUUUCUAUAAUCCUUUUAGUUUCCUUAGUGGGCGCAAUUGCUAUGGCUCGCCGGGAAUAGAUACUUAGAAUUGGAAAUAACAAACCAACCAAAUAAAAUAAAGCAACCUCCGUGUAAUUGUUAUCGCAUCUAUCUGUCCACCCUAAAUUGGAAUAUUGUUCAUGAGACAUAUUUCAAAGUUUUUGUUAGUUCGACGACCCAUUUCAGUGUCUUUUUUGGUACUGUAUUUCUUAUAUAUAUUAUAUGGAUUGAUAAUUGAAUUAGAUUCAGUAGAAUCUUCUCAUUUAAUUAAUCGAAUCAGUUGAAUUGUUGUUUAUAUUGAAAUGAAUCGAGAUUGACGAGGAGUUGGUCAAUGAUGCUCGAGCAUGUACUUGUUUUGAGUGCCUAUUUAUUUUCUAUUGGUAUCUAUGGAUUGAUCACAAGUCGAAACAUGGUUAGAGCACUUAUGUGUCUUGAACUUAUACUGAAUGCUGUUAAUAUGAAUCUCAUAACAUUUUCUGAUUUAUUUGAUAGUCGCCAAUUAAAGGGAGACGUUUUCUCGAUCUUUGUUAUCGCUAUUGCAGCCGCCGAAGCAGCUAUUGGACCAGCUAUUGUUUCUUCGAUCUAUCGUAACAGAAAAUCAACUCGUAUCAAUCAAUCAAAUUUAUUGAAUAAAUAAAAAUAGUCGGUAGUCGGAACCUUUACUCAAAUAAAAUAUAUAAAGACAUAUACGUUAUGUCACUCUGUAGAAGUAAAUAGACACUCGACUCACGUUAUGGAUCAAUGGAUCAUAAGCAUGGAUUAGGAAUAAGAGUACAAUAAAUUUUAUACGUUUUCUUUCUUUAUUAUAUAUAACUAUAAUUCAUUUAUAGAUUAGCAAAACGUGUAUUGACUGAUAUGACCAUGUUUGAUGAAAGAUAAGAGAUCAAAGUAUCUUGGGCCUAUCUCAUGAACAGAUCAGAAAUAGAUUUCUAACAAAACUUUAUGGUCUAAUCACCGAUUCGUCUGGUGCCAAAAUAUUUAAUCAUUUACUAAAGCUACCAGACCGAAAAUUUAUGACGUUCCAAAAAAAAUUAAUAGAUCUAAUGUCACACUCAGUAAAGAUUUAUGAUACAUGUAUAGGGUGUACCCAAUGCGUACGAGCGUGUCCUACAGAUGUCCUGGAAAUGAUACCCUGGGACGGAUGUAAAGCUAAGCAAAUUGCUUCCGCACCAAGAACGGAGGACUGUGUAGGUUGUAAGAGAUGUGAAUCUGCUUGUCCAACGGAUUUCUUAAGUAUACGGGUUUAUUUAUGGCAUGAGACAACCCGUAGCAUGGGUCUAGCUUAUUAAUACGUUACAAAAAACUCCCCUUGAAUCCAUUUGAUUCCUCUUUACCGACAAAAACCCGUACUCGAUAAAUAAA